AUGGCUGCGGACGCCGUGCCGCCAACUCCUGCUCCGUCGCCGUCGUUUUGGAGAUGGCUGAGGCCAUCACCCAAAGUGACCGAGAAGUGCUUGGCUUCGCGAACGGGCAGGCCUCAGGAGAAGUCACAGCCGGAUGAGAUGGAAGAGCGCUUGCUGACGCUGCUUGCGGGAGUUCAUCAGCAGGUCGUCGCAGAUGCUCAGCACAGCGAGCAACUGGCCACCCUGUCGCGGAGGCGAAGUGAAGUGCGAGUUUCGGCACUCGAGGGCUCUUAUGGGCAUAGGCUGCCACGGGCAGAGGCUGGCAAAACAGCAGCUGCCGCAUUGGAGGAGCAGCAGCGUCGAUUGGACAUCCGUCUGAACGACCUCUCCGCUGGCCUCAAAAGUAUUGAGAAGGCUUGGGGACAGAGAGCUGACAGAUCCCUGGAGAUGUUGUCGAAGGAUUUCUUGCUGCUCCAACUUAAGGCCGCCCCAGCUGCAUCCAUGUCGCAGCUGCACGUGGACCUCUCGGAACUCCGGCGGAGUGUUCGACUGGUGGCGUCCAACCAGCAGGAGGCAUGCAAACGGGAAGACGAGUUGCAGGAGCACCUUUGUCAGAGGCUGAAGCCAUUAGAAGACCGCUUGAGUGCUUUGGAGGGAGAGGUACUCAUAGCGAGACACCCGGGUGAAAAAGUUCAGGCGGUCGAGGCCCUGGACAGUGAGAAGAGCUUCCGAAGCUUUGAGACAAGCAAUGAGGAGCCUAGCACUAUCGGCUUUCCGGUGCUCAUGGACCAAAACGUCAGGCAGUUGGAGAAACGCCUUGAAGAAGAGCUGGAAAAAAUCCACGUACAAAUUGAUGCUUUCAGCAAGUCAGAGGUGGAAGUGCCCUUGAUGCGAGCUUUGAGCGAACGGAUCGCGGCGUGCGAGGAGAGUUGCCGGUGCGUUGACACAUUCGUGGAGCGCUUCACAGCCUUGGCUGCCAAAGUGCAGGAAGGCUUUGCAGAUGCCAGAGGUCACCUGGACCAAGUGCUUGCACACAUAGGGCCAAGACAAUGCCCCAGGGAAAAGGAUGGACUGGAGGAGAUGCGAGGAUCAUUGGUAGAAGUGAAAGCCUCCCUCGACUCAUUGGCGUGUCGUCUGGAAGAUCUGGCUACUCGAGAACACGCUUUGCGGGCACAGGAGGUUGCAAGAUCUGGAACCAACGAAGGGAUGAGCCUUCCAAAGAAUGAAGGGCAUCCGUUGAUGUCUGGCCCUUGCGUUUCCAUUGAACAGAAGAUACAGAAGUCCACAGCGCCGUGGGCAGAGUUGGCACAGUUGUCCUCAGCAUUGGAUGGUUUCGAGGCUGCGAUCCAACAGGCCAAAGACGAAGAAGAGGAAGAGAAAGAGAAGGAAACGAAAGAUGGCACUGAGGACAAAGAGACCGCAGAUGCCAGUGAUGAAAGCAACGAAACACCCGAGGAUCAGGCUGCAUCCAACCGCCGCUUAUUGCUGAAGCUCAAUGGUGAGGUGCUCGAAUUGCAGAAAGAGAUGCGGAGCCUGGUUUUGACGAACCCUUCUCUGAUGCCAGAGGUGGACAUCAAGCAGAAAGAGCGCGUCUUCUGCUUGGUUCACGAUCUUCUUGAAGAGAUCAAGUGGACCUUCAACAUGCUUGGGCUGCAUGGUGAAAAUGGCCCAGCCAGUUGGGAUGAAGCGAUGAAGGACACUCUGAACAUGCUUCGAGCUGCAGCUGACUGGGACACCUUUGCAUCUCCUUCCCUUGCCGGCCGAAUCCUGCGCGUGGCUGCACUGGUGGAUGGGAACAUGCUGGCAAAGAUGCUGAAGGAGAUGCUAAGUUUCUGCCUGGAAGGUCGUCAACCAGGCGAAAACUUGAAAGAGGAGAGCCAUUUCGCAGGGGCAGUGAAAGCUUUGUGUCGGCAUAGCGAAGUGUGAUGCUUCGCUCAAUUUGAUGCAGGCGACGGCCAGAUAAGCAGAGGGCGCGUUGCCAGGCUCUGCACACCUCCACUGGCUUUGCUUUGUCCUUUGUUUGGGUGUGGCUUAACAGCCAUCAAAUACGUCCACAGUUUCUUUGGUUAUAUACUGACGCCAAAGCUGUUCCCACACCCGGAAAGGGUUCGCUGCGGACCCCCAAAAGGUUUGCCAAAUUUCGGUAGGCCAAAUGCAUGUUAAGGCAUCCUCUUGCUUUGCGGUGGAUGUCAAAA